AUGUGUACACUCCGAUAUUUUAUAGUGAUUGAAGGAGAACGUACUAAAUGUCAUUGUUUCAUAACUGGUCAACCAAAUCCAACAAUACGUUGGUUAUAUAAUUGUGUAUCAUUAGAUAUUGUAUUUAAUAAAAGAAAAUAUUCAUUACAAUUAUUAUCAAAUGAUAAAGUAACAUUAACUAUUGAAGAUUGGUCACAAGAAGCUGCUGGUGAAAUAAUAAUUAUUGUAGAAAAUCGUGCUGACUUAACACAAUGUUCAGCAGUGUUAACUGUUGAAUAUGAUAGUUUUGAUCAAAAUAAAAUGUCAUCUCAACUGCCUCCUGUAUUACCGCGUCCAGACUUUGUCAAAGAUGACAGAAAAGUCGAAAUUCAAUGGGGAGAUUUCACUGAUCUUGAAAACAAAGGAAUUCGUCGUGUAUUUAUUCGAAAGGUCUAUUCAAUUCUUAUGAUUCAAUUAACAAUUACAUUUGGUCUUAUUGCAUUAUUUCAUUUUAUACCAGCAAUUCGUGAAUAUGUACGAAGUCCAGAUGGUCGAUGGCUUUAUUUUACAUCAUAUGUUGUCUUUAUAGUUACUUAUUUUGCAUUGGUUUGUUCAAAAAAUGCAGCAAGAAAAUUUCCACUUAAUCUUAUUUUACUUGCCAUUUUAACAUUAUCAAUGGGCUAUAUGAUGGGUAUGAUUUCAGCAUAUUAUAAAAUCGAAUCAGUUUUAAUUGCUGUUGGUAUAACAGCAUUUGUUUGUUUGGGUGUUACAUUAUUUUCAUUUCAAACAAAAUAUGAUUUUACAUCAUGUAUGGGAGUUUUAUUGGUAAUGACAUUGGCACUUUUAGCUUUUGGUAUUGUUUGUAUUUUUACUUAUUCAAGAUUAUUGUAUACAAUCUAUGCUGGUUUGGGAGCUGUACUUUUUUCGAUCUUCUUAGCUGUUGAUACACAAUUAAUUAUAGGUGGAAAACGAUACGAAAUAAGUGCUGAAGAUCAUAUUUUUGCAUCACUUAUGCUUUAUAUGGAUAUUAUUAAUAUAUUUUUAUAUAUUCUUACUUUGUUUGGCGGUCGAGAAUAA